UCGAUAGCGCAGAUCUGGCAACCCAAGCUCUGCAACUGCACAGGUCCUCUUUCUGACCAACCAGCUCGCGUAUGCACAGCGAAACGAGCAUACACCAUUGAAAAUGCCUCUUGCAAGAGACCUCCUCCACCCUACAAUUGAACAUGAGAGAAGACAACAUAAAAAGAAAAGGCUGGUUCAGAGUCCCAACUCCUACUUUAUGGACGUAAAGUGCCCAGGCUGCUACAAGAUCACCACAGUGUUCAGCCAUGCUCAGACAGUGGUACUCUGUGUGGGAUGUGCAACAGUGCUUUGCCAGUCAAAAGGAGGAAAGGCCAGACUGACAGAAGGUUGCUCUUUCAGGAGGAAGCAGCAUUAAAAGGGGACACUUAGUCAUGAUUGCAAUGAAACCAUGCUGUUGAUAAAGUCUAUCUCCCCAUUAUGUAACAAAGUAACUGUGCAUUCAUUAACAGCAGGUCCUGUCACUAUACAGAUGUCCAACUUUUAUGAAGAAUUUGUAAACUAGCAAACAUUUUAUUCUGCAAGAUGAUUAAUGUUACAUUUCUAUAAGCCAAUAAAACACUCUGAAAACAUG